AUGCAAUAUAGUUCUCAGGUCGAAAGGUCGACCAUGCUUGUUCCACAAACUGUCGGUCGUUUCGGUCGUGUAAUACAAUCUAAACGAAAGGUCUUGAUUAUUCUACUAUCAGUUUCAUUGACACUAACUGCACUGUCAUUCAUCGGUUCAAUCGUUCCAACGGCCUUGAAACAAGACAGUAACGAAACCAGAAAAACAGCAACAAGUGGUCUUGCUGGACCAAUGUCAGCAAGUGGCGAUCAGGCUGUUCGAGCUGGUGCUGUUGCUAUCGUCAGCAUUAUUGGCUUGAUCGUUUUGGCUCUGGGAUCGAUUCUGUCCAUUGUGUCCAUUGUCUUCAUGUUUAAAUUAGCCAUACUAUUGGAAAAACAGAAUAAACCGCAAUAUCAAGUCGUACAACAACAACAACAACAUGCUAUGUUCUGA